AAACGUGGGUAAAUCCACACCCAACGGCUAUGCACUGUGGACUAGCCACACAUUUUAAAACCUUGGAAGUAAGCCUCAGGAGCCACAAUGGCCGCCAUUCAAUUAAGAAAACUUUUCAAACGGUUCAAUUUUGUCAAAUUCUUUUCUGUGCUGUUGCUCGGAGUGGUGUACUUGACAUAUGUCCUUAUUGGAGGGGUCAUUUUCUGGAAGCUGGAAGGAGACCAGGUAAUGAGUGACAUUGCUCGGCUGGAGGUGAAGAAAGAAAAAAUGCUCCAGAUUUAUCCAUGUCUUGGACAAAGUGGUCUGGAGGAACUGGGAGACUUUAUGUUGGACAUAACUAAGAAUGGGAUGAGUCUGAAAAGUAACAAAACAGCCGGAGGUUUCUGGAAGUUCACCAGCUCGGCAGUGUUUGCUGCCACCGUGGUGACAACUAUUGGCUAUGGAAACAUCACCCCUAGUACGUGGACCGGUCAGAUGUUUUGUGUGAUCUUUGCCAUUUUUGGAAUUCCACUUAACAUGGUGGUCCUGAACCAAGUGGGCAAGUACAUGCUGGCCAUCGAAAGAAAUUUCUGCACCUCGAUUGCGAAAAAGAGCAGCUACCAGAAAUGUGUUCUGGUGUCACUCCACUUUGCAUCAUUCGUUGGCUCGGCAGUCCUCUAUUUGGUGGUCCCUAUGGUAUUUUUUAAGACAUAUGAAGGCUGGACCUAUGCACAGGGCAUCUACUAUUGCUUUAUCACACUCAGUACAGUAGGCUUUGGAGAUUUUGUUGCAAAUUAUAAUCCUAACAUUGAUUUCCCUGACUGGUAUGGCUGCAUCCUGGGAGUUUGGAUAUUUUUUGGCAUGGCCUGGCUGGCUUUACUGAUCAAUCACACUAUUGAUCUUCUGGGGCACUUAGAAGCUUACCUUAAAUCAGGGAAGACAACUGAUAAGACAAACAGUCCACAAGACCAGGUGCUACCCGAGACACAACAGAAAGAGCCGGAUGAAGAGAAAAAAGAUGAUGGCUGUAAAUGAUCUGUUCAUACAGGACAAUUUGGUUAAGGCCAACACACACACACACACACACACACACACACACACACACACACACACACACACACACACACAGGUUUACAGACGCAAUGUUCAAUACGAUGUAAAAAAUCUCACUUAGUUUCUACAGUCUGAACACUUAGUACUUA